CAAAUCCUCGCCGUACGUUCUCCUCUCGCAUCUCUACCGCUGCGGGCAUUUGAAUUUGGCGGGAGAGUUUGUAAACGGGCGGCUGGGAUGCGUUUAAUCGUGGCUAUAGGAUGGAAUGGAGAUCGACGGUGGGCGGGCAACCCUUGCUCAAAUGGCGAAGAGAAAGCGCAAGGGCGCGGCAGCUCCUGCCAAAGGCGAUGGAGGCGAUGGCGGCGAUGGAGGCGAGGCGGUGGAGAAUGACGCAGGCGCCAGCUCCCCCCAGUGCUUGUAUGAGAUCCUUGGGGUUGAGCGGACGGCUUCCCAGGCGGAGAUCAAGAAGGCUUAUCACAAGCUUGCUCUGCGAUUACAUCCGGACAAGAAUCCGGAAGACAAGGACGCCAAUGAAAAAUUUCAGUCGCUCCAGAAUGUUUUUGCCGUCCUGGGUGAUCCUGAAAAGAGAGCUGUGUACGACGAAACUGGAUCUGUUGAAGACGCUGAGUUAUUGGGGGAUCGUGGCAAAUCACUCUAUGAGUACUUUAGGACGAUCUACAAGCCUGUCACUGAAGAAGAUAUCGAGGCGUUUGCAGCAGCAUACAGAGGCUCUGACACAGAGAAAAAAGAUCUCAAGGAGUUGUACACAAAAUGCAAAGGCAACAUGAACCUAGUCUUUGGGAUGCUCAUGUGCUCAGAGCCCAAGCUUGACUCGCAUCGUUUUAUGGAGGUGAUCGAUGAAGCAAUUGCUUCUGGGGAGUUAAAGUCGACUAACACAUAUCGUAAAUGGGCCAAGAAGACUGCAACGCAGCCGGCUCCUGCCGAUCCCUUCGAGAGACGGCAGAACCCCCCUGAAAACUUACUUGCAGCCAUACAGUCCCGUCAAAAACGGAUGGAUUCACUGACUUCUGCGCUAGAGGCGAAGUAUGGCGGCAAGAAGAAAGAGAAGAAUGCCAUGCCUCAGGAACCAUCCGAGGAAGAGUUUGAAGCAGCGAGGCAGAGGCUCAAAGCCAAGGGGAAAGCAAAAAAAGCUUAGCUACAAGGUUUGCAACGUCGAGACCUCCACGGAGGGCUUUUCGUUUUGCUCGGCUCGACUUUGUGGAGGGUAGAGGAUCGAGCUUGAUCUUGGCGAGGUCUCAAAGUUUGGAGAUCCGAGAGCGAGUAUCUAGCGCCACUGGUUAUAGAAGAGUAGAAGGGGAUCAACUGCUCACCUCGUUCGUCUGGUGAUUGAUGCGUCGUGGGGAGAUCAUUGAUCUGCUUCCUUGAAGCGGGAAGUUUGCUGCAAGUUUGUCUUCCUGUGAUUUAACUAAGUAUUUUGCUGGAUGGA